AGCAAGCAGACUUACCAAAUGGGUCUUCUCACUGUAGCCAUAACCCAACUCCUACUCACCUUCCCAUUCGUUCUUCCCCUCCAAAACCGCCAAUUCGACGAUAUAAGCGUAGACAGAUCGGCCCUCCUGGCUUUCAAGAAAACCAUAGUCGUCGAUCCUCAAAAUACAAUUGGAAAUUGGAAUAGCUCGAGCCAUGUUUGCAAAUGGAACGGAGUUACGUGUAGUCCUAACAGCAGAAGAGUGACCGAGCUCAUACUCUCUGGUGGACAUCUCCAAGGAACUAUUUCGCCAUUUCUAUCUAACCUCACUCACCUUGAACGGCUCGAUCUUUCAGAAAAUUCACUUCAAGGAUGCCUGCCUGAUGAGCUCAGAACUCUAACUAGAUUAGAGGGAUUGAGCCUACAUUCGAACCAGAUUCAAUGUGAAAUUCCCGAAAGCUUCAGUCAACUUACAGGACUUCGUUACAUCGACCUCAGCAAUAACCAGCUACAAGGCCAUCUCCCGCCCUCACUCUUCUACAACUGCACCGAGCUGAUGUAUAUCGACCAUUCUGACAAUUCCUUCAUUGGUUUCAUUCCUUCGAAGAUUGGAAACCAUCUGACUCAUUUGGAAGCUCUCUUUCUUUAUCAGAACCAACUGAGUGGUAGCAUUCCAGCAUCUCUCUCCAAUUCCUCUAAGAUGGUCGAUCUCGAUUUGGAGUUCAAUUUCCUGACGGACAGCUUGCCGUCGGAGAUUGUAAGGCAUAUGUACCAGUUGGAAACAUUGCAUCUUUCUUAUAACAAUCUAUCGAGUGACGACGGCAAUACAAAUCUCACCUCAUUCUUCACUGCCAUUUCGAAUUUGACCCACCUGCGGGAGCUUCAGCUGGACGGUAACGAUCUUGGAGGUGAACUUCCAUCGGUAAUGGGCCAGCUGCACGUCAAUCUUUCAGAAAUACUUCUUCAAGAUAAUCUCAUCUAUGGUCCAAUCCCACCAAGUAUAUCCCACCUUUCGAAUCUAACUCUGUUGAAUCUAUCAAAUAACCGUCUGAACGGAAGCAUACCAUCACAGAUAUGGCUUCUAACAAAUCUAGAAAGACUCUGCUUAUCUAACAAUUCACUAGAUGGAGCAAUUCCAUCUCCUCCAGGUGUUCUAACUCACUUGGGACUUUUAGACCUGUCGAGAAAUAGACUUUCUGGAGCCAUCCCUUCCUCUCUAGGAAGCCUCAAUCAACUGAGGAAACUCAUCCUCAACGAAAACUUGCUCUCGGGCAGCAUCCCAACAAGCCUUGGAAGCUGUACAAGCUUAGAGAUCUUAGAUUUGUCUCACAACAGGCUAACAGGAAAUGUGCCGGCAGAAGUCGCUGGCUUGAGGGGCAUUACAAUAUACUUCAAUCUGUCUAGCAAUUUCCUCGAAGGAAGAUUGCCACUGCAGCUCGGUAAAAUGUACACUGCUCGUGCAAUUGAUUUGUCAUCAAACAGUUUCAGCGGCAACAUCCCACCCAAUUUGGAUGGCUGCCAGGAAGCUGAGCUGAUCAACUUCUCUCACAAUUCUCUUCAAGGCCCACUUCCCAAAUCCUUGGGCAAUCUGAUCAGCAUCCAGUCCUUGGAUCUCUCAUGCAAUCUCUUGUCUGGAGAGAUACCAGCAUCACUGCAGAAUUGUAAGACUCUCGCCCAACUCAAUCUUUCAUUCAACGACUUCAACGGAUCGAUACCGAGUGGCAAUCUCUUUGAUUCUUUAACCAUCGAAUCAGUUCAAGGAAAUCCGCGUCUAUGUGGGUCAUUACCCGGGCUUCAAAGUUGCAAUUCCAAGGAAACUUCCUUCCAUUCUCGCAAAUCCGUGUACUUGCUUGUUGGCCUUGUGUCUGCGUCCGCUUUUCUGAUCACAAUCUGUUGUGUGGUCAGUUUUAGAAAGAUCAAACAGCCUUCAUUUAUAAGAAACAGGGGUUCAAGUAGGAUCGCUCUCUCCUUGAAAUUGAGUUACCCAAGAAUCACAUAUAGAGAACUCGUCGAGGCAACAGAAGGAUUCGAGCAGAGCCGCAUGAUUGGAUCCGGCAGCUUUGGACGUGUUUUCAAGGGUGUGCUGAGAGAUGGUUCAAUCAUUGCUGUCAAAGUUCUACAGCUGCAAGCUGGAAAUUCUGUAAAGACUUUCAAUCGAGAAUGCCAGAUUUUGAAGCAAAUUAGGCACAGGAACCUGAUGAGGAUUGUAACGGCCUGCAGUCUUCCAGACUUCAAGGCAUUGGUUCUUCCAUUCAUGGCUAAUGGAAGCCUCGAAAGCCAUCUCUACCCGCAGACACAGAAUCCAGGAUAUUCAGACUUGGGUUUGAUCGAACGAGUGAAUAUCUGUAACGAUGUAGCUGAGGGGAUGGCCUACUUACACCACCAUUCUCCGGUCCAAGUCAUCCAUUGUGAUUUGAAGCCAAGCAACAUCCUCCUUAACAAUGACAUGACCGCCCUUGUAUCGGACUUUGGAAUUUCUAGAUUGAUCAUGAAGAUUGAAGGAAAUGGGAUAGAUGAGAACACGACGAAUUCAACAGCAAACCUGGUUUGUGGAUCUAUUGGAUACAUUGCCCCAGGUACCAAUUUCAACAGGCUUUCGAAUUGCUUGUCUUUGAAAGUGUGACCAGCUUUGGCUGUGUUUGGUCCACUAUCUAAUUGAAUUGCAAUAAUCAUCCAGUAUGAAAAAAUUGCAGUUGCCUUAUUAUUCAUGUUGAGGGACUUAGAUCCAAAUGCCUUGCAAGGAAAGUAACUGCCAUGUGCUACUUUUCCAAUGUAGAUACCAAAGGCUUGUUUGGGUGU